UGUCGAAAACUCACCACGACAUCUUCAAAAUCCUCGGAAGACCUCCCAUUCCAUACCUCCCAACCCCCUUGAAGCAAACCGUAUAUCACAGCAAUCAGUCCCCACGUUUGGCUUUACUCGCAGAUAACAUCUACCUGCAUCCUCCACACCGAAUCAGAACAGGUCCAAAGCCAAAAUGUACUACCUCAUCUACACACCACACCACCCGCGUCCGUACCUAACAAGCGUCUCCUUCGUCGCCCACGACUUCGCAAACUGGGGCUGCCGCAUAACCCGCCACGCAAACACCUCACCCUACAUCAUCGAAAUCCGCUUCCAAGAGGCAAAGCCCCGCCCCGCAAACCACCGCGUCAAGUUGAUGGAACUAUGGGCCCAAGAAGUACUCACCCGGAAACACCAACGAACCCCAUGCCCCAUCACCGAAGCCUCGCUCCCGGAAGCGCGGAAAGCGCGCGCCUCGCUGUUCGCCCAGGACUUCGUGUGCAGCCUGUCCACCCUCGAAUCCCCCUUCAUCGCGCCCAAGCCCCUGUACAAUGACCCCCUGCCCCUUCCAGCCUACCCUCUCGCUCUGGUCGCGCGCUACACGCGUCUCCUGCACCGCUGCGCGUACACCUCGCAUGCCGUGUCGCCCGACCCGGAGGUCCCUAUUGCAGACCAAGUGGCGCUUGAGUUCCGGUUCGAGAAGGAGUUGCGGCGUGAGCAGCUCCAGCGGGCGCUGACUGAGGCGGUUAGUAAAAGAGAGGGGAGGAUGGGUAGAGUGGAGAAGUGCAGGGAGACGGGGGUUACGAGGGUGUUGAUGUGGGUUGAUGUCGGGGAUUUGGUGGCGGGGGAGUGUGGGAAGGAGGAGGCGGAGGGGGAGGCAGUGCCGGUGUAUGAGGAGGGUGGGUGGGUGUGGCCGCCGAGUUAUGAGGAGUGUGAAGGUGGUGUUGAUGUUCGGUCAUUGUAGUGAUACUACACUAGAUAAUCUAGAAGACAGUACGUUUGCUCCACUUAACUCACGACCUCACAUAGCACACUCAUGUACUUUCAUCUUUCCACGCUGUACUCUUCCAAUCAGCAUAACGUAUAUGCUUUGUACCCUCACAGAGUAAAACCUCGUGAGGAAAAAUCCCUGUAAGGCUUAAACAAGGAGCAUUCUCCACUCCUUCUAGCAAGUCCCCAUCUCAUUCGUCUGAGGAAAUACUGCUCGUAAGCGGUAUGUAGGUCUGGCACACAAGAGUGGCCUUGACGGCUGCUG